UCCAGCCAGGCAGGCAGUCUCUGGGCUCUCUGCAGUUCCUGGCCACCAUGAGAGGUUCCUGGCUGUGCUUGCAGCUGCUGCUGGCCUGGGCCCUGCUUCUUGGGCAACUGGCCUUGGGGUCGGAGGAGGCUGGAGAGGCCGAGGACAUGGCAGAGCUAGAGGUGCCACCCGAGCUAGAAAAUGUGCCUGAGCUGGAACCCCUGGAGAACCAGACUGCAGAAGAAGACUAUGUGCCUGAAGAAAACUGGCACAUGCAAAAUUGGAACUCGGACGAACGGGCCGAGGAAAGGGCGGAAGACAUGAGAAGACGGAUGAUGGAGUACGACCCAUAUGGGAAUCAAAUGAUGGGUGUCUUCAAGCAGCUGGUGACAAGUUACAUGAAAGAAAAGGAAGGCAGGGACUUCAUGCAUUCGGAAGAUGCCAAUAUUGAAAUAAAGAAACCAAUUGGGAACAUAGUGAAGCUCAAGAUGCCUCUGGUCGAAGUCAACUGCACCGAGGAACCACAGAUGGACCAUCCCGUGUUGAAGGCUUUCCUUUCGAGCCAUAUUAUGUUCACAAGGGCAAAACAUUGUGAGGUACCCCCUGAGGCUGAACAGAAGAAAUGGGAUUGUACUUUCACCAUCCUCAUGGACGCGAGAGAGGAAACGAGGUCAGUGGUCAGCCAUCACUGCGUUUCCCGGGAGUUGCUGGACAGGAUGCGUGAAGACCCUGGGCAGACUGAUGGAGAAGAAUCUGAAUGAUGACAUCGAAUAUGGAGGGAACGUACUUCCCGCUUGGCUUAUUUCUGUCCUGCCACGACAGCUUCAGUACGGUCACUUGGACGCCUGCCAAUUCUCCCAAUAAGGGGAUCAUCUGAAUCCCCUGAGAUUUCUCUC